UGCGCGCUCCCCACCCCCGACCCUCCAAGAUGGCGGACAGGCGGCGGCAGCGGGCCUCCCAGGACAGUGAGGACGAGUCCGACUCGGCCGCCUCCGACAGCGUCGACUCCCCGGCCGGCGCGGCCCGCUCCGGCUCCCCCGCCUCGCCCCCGAGACCGGCCCGGAGCGCCGCCGGGACCCUGCCGGCCGGGGGCCGGGGCCGCGGGGCCGAGAGCGCGGCCGGGGCCGCCAAGAGCCCGCAGGAGUCCGAGUGUGAAAGUGAAGAUGGCAUCGAAGGAGAUGCUGUUCUCUCGGAUUAUGAAAGUGCAGAAGACUCCGAGGCUGAGGAAGGGGAGUACAGUGAGGAGGAAAGCUCAAAGGUGGAGCUGAAGCAGGAGAGUAACAAUGCCAGUGAAUCCACAGGAAAAGCAGAGAAAGGGGAAGAGAAACCUGACCCGAAAGGUGCUGUGACUGGCGAGAGACAAAGCGGGGAUGGGCAGGAGAGCACUGAACCAGCUGAGAAUAAAGUUGGGAAAAAGGUCCCCAAGCACUUGGAUGAUGAUGAGGAUCGGAAGAACCCUGCUUACAUACCCCGCAAAGGGCUCUUCUUUGAACAUGAUCUCCGAGGACAGGCCCAGGAGGAGGAAGUCAGGCCGAAGGGUCGCCAGCGAAAGCUAUGGAAAGACGAGGGCCGCUGGGAACAUGACAAAUUCCGGGAAGAUGAGCAAGCCCCCAAAAGCAGGCAGGAGCUGAUUGCGCUCUACGGCUAUGACAUCAGGUCAGCUCACAAUCCCGAUGACAUCAAGCCGAGGAGGAUGCGCAAACCACGGUUUGGGAGCCCUCCGCAGCGAGAGCCAAACUGGGCCAACGAGAGGCAAAACAAGCCGCCAAGACACCAGGACUCUGAUAGUGCUCCGCUGCCGACACGAACCUUCAUCAGCCGGCACUCCGCAGGCAUGGGUAGGAUGCCCCCAGCCAGAAAUGUUCCAAGGGUGGGUGGCUACAAAGAGAACCGUCCAAGCUACCGAGCUGUGGAAGCAAACAGCCAGCACCUCUCUCGAACAGGUGAGCAGGCUAAACAUGAGAGCAGUUACCGAGCGAGGCGUGUUGAACAAGCCCCGGAGAGAGACCCCUCUCCUGAAGCGGAGAGUGCGCAUGUUCACAGCAGUCCUGCCAAGAAGGAAGAGAUCAUUUUGGAAAGCCAGACCCCAAGUACAGACUCUGUACAGCCGCCACCAGAUAGACCCAUCGAAAAGAAAUCCUACUCCCGGGCCAGGAGGACCAGGAAUAAAGCUGGCGAUGCAGGAAAGCUGGCAGAUGAAGUUCCGCCUCCAGAAGGAUUGACACCUGUGCCUCCGAAACCAGUGCAGGUCGUGACGCCCCCUCCGCCUGCGAAGGCCGGUAGUUGGGAGACACCAGUAGAAUCCAGCAUGGAUGGACUCGAGCAAGACAUGACUCAGUUGAAUCUAACCGAGCAGUCCUGGACCCAAGGACAGCCUCCGUUCAUACCGCCUCGGGAACUUCGGGGUAUUCCUAAUCAUAUGCACAUGGGAGCUGGACCACCACCUCCGUUUAACAGGAUGGAGGAAAUGGGAGUACAGGGGGGCCGUGCAAAACGUUACUCAUCCCAGCGUCAGCGGCCACCAGUUCCAGAGCCUGCUCCCCCCAUGCACAUCAGCAUCAUGGAAGGGCACUAUUAUGAUCCACUACAAUUCCAGGGACCAAUCUACACACAUAGCGAGAAUCCUGCCCCGUUGCCACCUCAGGGUAUGAUUGUACAGCCAGAAAUGCACCUCCCACAUCCAGGUUUACAUCCACACCAGACACCAGCACCUUUGGCUAACCCUGGCUUAUAUCCUCCACCAGUCUCCAUGCCUCCUGGGCAACCGCCCCCACAGCAGCUGCUCGCACCCACCUAUUUCUCCCCUCCCGGAGUCAUGAAUUUUGGGAAUCCCAGUUACCCCUAUCCCCCAGGAGCACUUCCACCUCCACCACCUCCCCAUCUGUAUCCCAGCACACAGGCCCAGGCCCAGGUGUAUGGAGGGGUCACCUACUACAACACUGUCCAGCAGCAAGUACAGCCGAAACCUUCUCCUCCACGAAGAACAUCCCAGCCCGUGACUAUCAAGCCGCCGCCUCCCGAGCUUCUCGUUGCAGGUUGUAAGCAGGGCUCCAGUUAAUUUGAGUUUCUAAAUACUUUAAAUCUAAACCCACGUACAAAGUAAGUCCCAAGUUGACUCUUGGUUUCCUUUUUGUUUAGAGAAAAAGAUACUUAAAAUCCAGUUCUCACUUAGGAAAUUUUGAUUUCUUGAGAAAAAUAAAUGCUGACCCCUUGACCGUGUAGAGGCUUAAGGGGCAGGUUUAAAGUCUGUACAGAGACGAUGAGAAUCAGUUCUCUGCUGAGUACCAUUUACCCUCUCCAGCGCUACGCACUUGUGUGUGUUUUGGUAUCCUUGUAAAUGUCGUCCAGUGCACCGUAAGAGUUUAGUGAGCCUCAGUCACAGCGUGUGCAGAAUCACAGGGUCUCUUUCCCUGCGUCAGGAGAAGAGGCAGAGGCCUGGGAUCGAUUCCUGGCUCUGCCACAACUCACUAUGUGACCUUGGGCCUUAGUUUCUCCCAUCCAUAAAAUGGGAAGAAUGUGCACCUUUGUUCAGUGCUUUGAGAUCCUCUGAUAACAGGUGCUUCCGAGAUGCCUGGCUUUAACCAGUAACAGUGAGGAAAUCUCGGGUCCCAACUCCUCACUGGCCUAUUUAACUUAACCACUGUGCAGACAGAGUUUGCCUUGAAGCGAGAUCCUGGAGGUUGAAUCUGGUGGCGCAGCCGAGACAAAGGGCGGUGGGAGGAUGAUGGCUGCUUUCUAGUGCCCUGGUGUGGGGAACAUUUGGCCCACCUAGGUGAUAGAAGUGACCCUGUGCUGAGAGCUUGUGAAUGGUGUGGAGAGCGUGCUAACCUUGUGGCUUGCAUCCUCCCCUCUAGGACAGCACAAGUGAAAAAUCGAAGGAAAGGAGCAAUACGUAGGGACACCCACCUCAGAAGUUCCAGCCCCGGAAUCGGCACCGCCAGCAAGCAGGAAGCUCUGACUCAAGAGACGUCCCCUUCGCCGUGCUUAGGUGAGGCCAGCGGGCCCCCACCUGCAGCGCCCUGCCGCAUCAGUAUUGUGCCCAGGGCCGGGCACUCUUCCCUCUUAGGUGUUUAGUGGGGCUCUCCUGCAGACCGCCUCUCUCCCCGCUGCCCCCAUUCACUGGGUCAUGGAGGGCGUUGAAAUACUGAACACAAGGGUCGCUCCUUAGUUACAAGUUCUUGUGAUUCCCCUUCCCCUGUUAUUAAAUGUUUGACCUUUUCCCAUCGUAGCAUAUUGAAUGAAGCUGGCUUGGUUCUGUCCUGGUUUUUUGUUUUAAAAAUGAACUGGCCCUUUCUGUUAAGCUGGCUAUAGGAAUCUCUGUUGGUCAGAUAGCCAGGAAUGUAACCACCUCCCCAAGGAAAAAUCUGAUGUUACUUUGUUUCUUCAACUCUGAAAUUAGCAAGUUUAUUUCUGACAUUGUUUAAGCUUAGAUGUCUGGGAGAGGGCCGCUGAGUGUUAGCAGUCUGACAGGAACACGCUGGCCGUUGUCACCACUUAAUUUAGAAGCUCCUCCUCUUUCUUUCUGGAGCGAGCCCUGCUGGUAACUGUGUUGUGGGAAGUUUCUGUUGUCCAAGUGUGUGCAAACUCUCAACCUGAAACAGACUGGAAGCAGCAUGCGCCGAGGCAGGGCAAAGUCCAGUCUCGGCUGCCCCACCAGUGCACGCUGCAUCCAGCAAAGGCAGAGUUCCUGCUGCCUUGGGACUCUCCACUAAAUGGGACCCAAAGAGGAGCAUGCAGCUUUCCAGGCAUGCCCUUGGCUUUCUGAAGAGCUGUCCUCUUGCUUGCAGGCUGCUUUUCCUUCAGCCUUGUUCUUGGGCAAACCGGCUCGGCAGGAUAAGCCUGUGUACAAUUUGUACCCAGCACUUGGGUGUUGCUUCUGUGUAAAUGGAAGGUGAUGCAACCAGCCUUAACAGAUCCACUUCCAAGGACGGGGGCUGCUCGGUCUGAUCCCCAGGGAGGAACACUUGCUGUGCACAUACCAUAAAUGGGUUCCUCUCCCAUUAGCUCUGAAAUAGCCUUGAUCCCUGUUUUAGGAGUCCGAAGCCUGGCCCUGCAGCACUGUGGUUGAUGGAGCAGCCUGGCUUGCCCAUGCUGCAGCGAUCUGCGGUCGCGUCUCUGCAGCAUAGAUCCUGCAGGGACCGCUGCACCGCUCCCAGCUACACUCAAACUUGGCUUUGGCCUCUCAGCUGUUUGCAAAUUGCGUUAGGGGAACUUGGCACAAAGGUUGCUAAUUCAGCCCUGGACACGUUGGGGCAGCGCGCAUCUGAGUCCUUCAGCGAGUUACUAUAAAGCAAGCGGUGUCUUGGCCUGUGAAUUCCCAGCCACGGGGAGAGGGAGGAAGAGCCCCCACCUGCCUGUUUCGGGUUGAGAGCGUUUCACGCAGAUGUGGCUUUCGAAUGGAAGUACUUUUUUGUUGGUGUUUGUAAUUUAACAACCUUUUGUACUUAGUUGAAAUUAACUCAAAUGGCAUUUUAAAACAAAUCCUUUACAUUUUAAAUGUAAACUGUUUCUCUGCCUUACGGCUGAAAUGUAUCAUUUAACAUAUCGGUCGCGGGACUGAUGUUCUAGUCCUAACAACACUGUGAUGGCUUUUUUGUUUUGUUUUUGUUCCUGUUCUUUUGGAGUGCGCACUUGUAACCAACAUUGUAAUGACUUGGUGGAGAUGACAUUACAUCUUAGAAAGUAA